AUGGUUGACAAUGAAACUGAAAAUAGUACCUAUUCAUAUGAUUAUGAUCAUGAAGAAUUGAUUAUUCCAUCAGCUAAAGUACAAUUUUGGACAUAUCUUGUGUUUGAAAUUCCAUCACUUUUUUGUACUAUAUAUCUUCUUUAUUAUUUAAUAUUUAAUCGACGUUUACGUAGAAAAUUACAAAAUCAUGUUGUAAUAGUUCUACUUUUUGUAUGUUUGAUUAUUUUGGUUGUUGAUAAUUCAUUUUAUCUUGAUGGAUUGCGCAUGGUUCAUGGAAAUUCAUUUCCAUUUUCAACAGGUGUAUGUCUUUUAUGGUGGUUUAUUGAUUAUGGAUUUUAUGGUGCGAUACCGAUAUUUCUUCUGUGGGCUUCAUUCGAAAGACAUAUUCUCAUAUUCUAUCGACGACAGCUUCUUAAUACAAAACGUAAAAUAUUUUAUUUACAUUAUUUUCCUUUAAUAAUUAUUUCAAUUUAUCUAAUUGGAUUUUAUGUUGGUGUAAUUUUAUUCCCACCAUGUCAAAAUAUUUUUUAUUCAAAUGAUUUAGCAUGUGGUUCAUAUCCAUGUUAUCAAGAUAUAACAUGGAUGAAUACGUGGGAUUAUUUUUUUAAUGGAGUUUUAUGCAAUAUUUUGGAAGCAUUUUUUAGUAUUUCAUUACUUUUUCGAAUAAUUUGGAGAAAAUAUAUUUCAACAAGACGUUUUCAUUGGAAAAAAUAUCGAAAAAUGAGCAUACAAUUACUUUCAAUUUCAAUUCUUUCAUUAUCUAUAACUCUGCCUCAAGCAUUGAUUACUUUUGUACAAAGUCAACCAAAUAUGAGUAGUUUUGGUAGUGAUGUUGAGCCAUAUUUUUUCUAUUUAACUACUUAUGUCGUUUUAUUUUUACCAAUUGUUUGUUUUGGCUGCUUACCAGAAUUAUGGCCACGAGCAUUCUUUUAUCACCAACGACGUCAACGUAGGGUUGCUCCUAUGACAAUAAGUGCUGGUACUUAA